GGGAGGUAGACAGUAUGGUUUAUGUAACAUGACCCCCCUUCUGAUACCUGGCCUGUUGGGUUCACACAGCUUUGGAUUCCAGAGUCAUAGCCAGGCUGGUGGGAGCAAAGAGCAACCUGGUGUUUUGCAAAGAGAAGCUCAGGUGACACACUCCCAGCCCCUGAAUUUGCAUAAAGAGCUCCCACAACAUGAGUCCCAAAGAGGAAGAUUGGAUUUUACAAGAGCUGACACCUAGAAUUGUUUGCUUAUGUGCAAGGUCCACAUUUUGAGCCUCAGCUCAGCAAUCUCUGGAGGAGACAGACCUAAACUCAGUCUGAGAGAUCUUGCCGAACUGACACCAUCAGAGGGAAAUUUCAUCGCCUGGAAGUCUGCUCUUCAUUUAUUCCUGGGGACACCUGCAAAGAUUGGUGUGGAGACAGCUUUCCAGGCUAAGGUACCUUCCAUGAUGUUCCCACUGCAAGGUGCCCAAAUGCUGCAGUCACUGGAGAGGUCCUUGAGGAAGAGCCUUCCUGAAUCCUUAAAGGUUUAUGGGACUGUCUUCCACAUGAACCAGGGAAACCCAUUCAAGCUGAAGGCUCUAGUGGACAAGUGGCCUGAUUUUAACACAGUGGUUAUCCGCCCUCAGGAGCAGGAGAUGACAGAUGAUCUUGAUCACUACACCAAUACUUACCAAAUCUACUCCAAGGACCUCAAGAACUGUCAGAAAUGUCUUGUCUCACCAGAAGUCAUCAACUGGAAACAGCAUUUGCAGAUCCAAAGUUCACAGCCCAGCCUGAAUGAGGUGAUACAAAAUCUUGCAGCUACUAAAUCCUUCCAAGUCAAGCAAACACAUUGCAUUCUCUAUAUGACGGCUGAGACGAUAAAGAAACUAGUUCCUUCCCUGCUGGAGGGAAAGAACUUAUCACCCAACAGUGGCAAACCCAAGGCCAUCUGCCAAGAGAUGUUUAAACCCUCCUCCCUGGAUGUUACCCAUGCUGCCUUGGUGAAUAAAUUCUGGCAUUUUGGCGGCAAUGAGAGGAGCCAGAGAUUCAUCGAGCGCUGUAUCCAGAACUUCCCCACCUUCUGCCUGCUGGGGCCUGAGAGGACACCUGUAUCCUGGAACCUGAUGGACCAGACAGGAGAGUUACGGAUGGCGGGUACCCUGCCUGAGUACCGGGCCCACGGCCUUAUCACCCAAGUCAUCUAUUCCCAUAGUCACUAUCUAAACAAACUUGGCUUCCCCAUAUAUUCUCACGUUGACAAGAGUAACAAAACUAUGCAGAAAGUUUGUAACAAACUUGAUCAUAUCACCAUACCCUGUGGCUGGAACCAGUGGCACUGUGUGCCCCUGGAAGCAGCCCUGCACAGAAGACCAUGUCAGAUGGGCCUGGGAAGACAGAAAGAAUAAGUUAUAAUUGUAAUAAUCAGUAAAAAAUGGCACUGUUUGGGCUCCAGGGAAGCAGUGUGAUUUGUCAGCAAGACCACCCUAGUCCCUGCACUUGAACUGCAGAUGGGAUUCCUUUAGAUUUAUCACUAUGAAGCAGCCCAGGUACUCCCUCAGUGGGCCCCACAUAAUUUAGCCUCCCACACUUCUGGGAUCUCUGUGAUGCUCCUUCAUCAGCUACCUGGUGCCCCAAAUGGCUUCUCCUAGAACUCCUAGUACACGGAUUGGUAGAGCCCUGCCAAAUCUUCCAGGGAGGGGUAAUAUUUUCUGAGCAUUAUAACUUAUUCCUCUUUCUUUCUAUGGCCUUUUCCUUAGUGGUCAGCAAGAAUAUUCUGCUCAUUAGGUCUGUAGAGAUUAUCUUUUCCUCUGAUUACUGCUUUAGAGGUACACUAAAUAUAUACAAGUACAUAGGAGAAAUUAGGUUAAAUGUGAUACACAUGAUAUAGCAGAGAGGGUUAAUAAGACAAAGACUUAAUGUUAGCCUGUCUGUCCCCUCCUCACACUCACACCAGGGAAAAUGGUUCAAUAUUGUUUCUAAAAUUUUUUUCAUGUUUAUUUGUUUUUGAGAGAGACAGACAGACAGAGCACAAGUGGGGAGGGGCAGAGAGAGAGACCUAGAAUCCGAAGCAGGAUCCAAGCUCUGAGAUGUCAGCACCAAGCCCAACGCCGGGGCUCGAACCCACAAACUGUGAGAUCAUGAACUGAGCCAAAGUUGGACGCUUAACUGACUGAGCCACACAGGUGCCCUGGCUCAAUAUUGUUUCUAAAAGCAGACCUUCCUAAACCCACCUGAAACCCCAGACAAUACAAAGAUUUUGUGUUUCACUGUAUAGGUUGAAACAAAAUGAUUCAUAAUGGAGAGCGCAUGGGUGUUUAUGGAGAGAGAGAAGUAGGAGUGCCAAGACCUAAGGAGUGGAUAUUAACUGAGAGAGACAGAAGGUGAUGGGGAGGGCAUGGUUACCCAUUGCCCCCACUUGCCCUCGGCACGUUAUUUCAGGAUGCCUGGAUUCUGUGAAGUUCUGAUAAUUGUCUCAUGGGAGAGUCUAGUUGGGAGUGUGGAGGGAUAUUCUUCCUGGUGGUGACAGGUGAGCUGGGAGGGGUCCUUGCCCCAACAGUUCAAAAGAAAUAGCAAAGAGAACACUGGAAUGAAGGUAAUCACCUGGAUUAAGAACCUGUUUCCUUCUGGUCCACCUAAGCCUGACUUUAGGCUACAGAUUGAGAAUGAAGUCCCUCCAACCCUCAGAAACUAACUGAGGUUUAAUUUCUUGGCAAGUUAGGGUUUCUCAACCUUGGCACAAUGGACAUUUUAGGCUGGACAAUUCUUUGUUGUGGGGUGAGGGCUGUCUUGUGCAUUUUUAGAAUACUUAGUAGUACCCCUAGCCUCCAUCCACUAGAUGCCAGUAGCACCUUCUGCCCCAGUUAUGACAACCAAAAAUGUCUGCAGAUAUUGAUAAAUGUGCCUUGAAGGCAAAGUCACCUGUGACUGAGAGCCAGUGGUCUAGAGGAAGGAUUCUCAAAUUUGAGCCUGCAUCAGAAUCACAGACUGUGAUUUAACUGUCAGACCUGUUAAAACACAGACUGUGAGGCCUAUCUCCUAAGUUUCUGAUUCAGUAGAUUUUGGGUAGAGCCCCAGAAUUUAAAUUUCUAACACCUUUCCAAGUGAUCCUGAUACUGGCAUUGGUCCAUGAAUCGGGCUUUGAAAACCAUUGGUUUAGAGAAAUAAUUGAACAUAUUUUAUGUCCUAGAACAAUAGAUGAAAAUUCAUAUUGCACACUACUUAGGUAUAUCAUUUUACUUUUGUAAUUAUAAUUUACAUUGUGCUUUAAUUGAUUGAUAAUAUUACUUCAUUACAAAUUCUUAAAGCUUCUAUAAACAUUGUCAUUAAAGAGUGAAUUAGGCAGACAUCAAACUACACUUUCACUACUUCUUCAUAAAAUGUGGUCACUAGAAAAUAGCAUAGAUUAAUUUUUAAUAAAGCGAAAUAAUAUCUUCAGCUGUUGAGCAUUGUGCCAUGGAAAAACAAGAUCUUUCAGUGCUAUGAGUUGGAAAUGUGACCUGAAGGAUCUUUUGUAUUCAGAGUAACAUCUUUACUGUCCUCCAUGGCCUCAAUUCAAGGCCACAUUCUCCAUCUACACUGCUCAGCACCAGCUCAGCUUCCCAGUCCCUUGUCUUGAAGGUCCUUCACAUCACUCCAUGAUCAGUUAUAUCUACAAUCUGGCAUUCCUUAAAGUUCCUUGAGAACUAAUUGGGUUUAGUGUUUUCAGAUGCAAAACUAUAAACUUGGAGAACUUUUUGGAUCUGAAGGGAACCACUGAGGGACGCUUGUAUUCUUUUGUACUUAGGACAUCACAAGUCCUAAGGAUAUCUUUUAAAAAAUCUCUAAAAUUUGGAUAUUUCAUAUGGCUUUGGAGAUUUCAAAUACAACAUAUGAGUUUUUUAAAGUGCCUCCUUAACCAGGUGAACAAAAUUUAAUAUCAUCAACCGUGGAACCUAUCAUGGGUCUCUGGAUGUGAUUCACCAAUGAAGAAAUAAUAAUGUUAAUAUAUUACCAUCUAAAAUGCAUAACCUGAAAAAAAUAAAAUUUAUAACCUGAAUAUGGUCAAUAGGAAAAAAUUAAAUACCUCAGAAAAGAAUACAAGAGCCAAAAUUAAAGGACAUUCUAUAAUACAACUGACAUGUACAUGUAAAAAUGCUAAAUAUCAUGAAAGAAGAAGGAAGGUGGAAGAAGUGUUCCAGAGAAAAUGAAUCUAAAAAACACAACAUCUAAAAGCAAUCUAAGGUUCAGGAUUGGAUACUGGAUCAGAAAAAAAAAAUUCCAUAAAGGAUACUAUUGCCAUAAUUGGCAAAAUUUGUACAUGGUCAGUGUAUUAGUUACUAUAGUAGAGCAAUAUUAAAUUUUCUGAAUUUGAUCAUUAUACUAUGGUUAUAUAAGAGAAUAUCCCUAUACUUCCAUGAUACAUGCUAAAAUAUUUGGAAUAAAUUGUCAUAAUGUCUGUAGCCUACAUAAGAAUUUAAAAGACUAUAUACAGAAAAUAUGGCAAACUCUAAUUGGUGAAUAGAGGUGAAGAGUAUGUGUGUGUUUAAUGUAAUGCUCUUGCAAUUUUUCUGAUUUUUUUU